AUGGUCCUUUCCUGGAGGUUUUUGAUGGCACAAAGUUUAAGAUUAGGAUCAGCUUCUUUGGGAAGUCUAGGUGGGAUGCUGCGCGCCUUUUCCAGUGCAUUCGUCUUGGUGAUAGCCUGGGCAUCCCUACAGAAGCCCCAGAAGCCCCAGAAGCUUCAGAAGCUCCGGAUUCCAGCGGUAGCGACAUUCUUGCAAGAUGAUGUGCCGUUCGGAGAUCUGCAGUCUGGUUCGAUUCGGCAGGGCCAGCGGCUUGGCUUUGCAGUGAACCCGGACAGCCUUACGCAGGUUGACGUGAUGCUUGAGCCCAUUUCUUCCAACGUCACGCUGAAAAGCGAUGGCAUGGAGGUUGUGAACCUUGCCGACUUUCUGAAGGAGAACGGGGUGCAUCCUGAGAAUGCUGCCGUUGACAGUCAUGAGAUUCGGAUGGCUGUAGGCAGAGCCAUGCUCAGCUUCCUUGAGCAGCGUUUCGGUAGAGAAGUCAUCCACCUCGUUGACACGUCGCGUGUUUCUGGCGGGGCUAUCUAUGGAGAAGCCACUGUCCGCGACACUGGGAGUGAGAAGUUACGCAAUGCGCACCAUGUGAUUCACGUGGACAAAGAGUGGACUGGCAUCUCACGGCUAACCGGAGAAAACGGCACGAAGGGAGGAGUCCGAGCAACGGUCCACGCCCAGUGGCCUUUGGCAGAAAAAGAUUUCACCGACCGCGGCUACGGUUUUGAGGACUAUGUGAGGAUGGUGUAUGCACAGGAUCCAGGCAUGCUGAACCUGUGGGUCUCACUGACCCCUGGGGAACUAAAGCAACAUCCCAUGGGCUUCCUGUUGAACAGUGCCAAGGGACAGAGUGCUUUCUCCUCUGCUCAGGACCUGAAUGAUGUAGCAUCCACAAUGCACUCCCAGAUCAAGACCUUCAAUGAUACCAUUACCGUUUUGCGGGAGGGCAUCACAUCAAAGGAGACGGCUCGGUGGGGCAUGGUGCCAAAGAUGACCUUUGGGCAGGCGCUCUUGUUCUAUGCAGACCGAACUCCCCACGGUGCAGUGUGGCUGAAAGAGGAGCCUGCCUCCCAGCGAAUCUCUGCAGAGAUCCGUGUGCUUGUGACAGAUCGGACUACCGCUCCCCGGGAUGACUUGAGAAUGAUUCUGGAGUAG